UAUACCGCACCGCACCAUUUGGCCACACGCAACCAAAUUUCACCACAUACCUCUACUCUCGAACCUUUUACAUGGACGAAGACGGUGAGAAUUUUGUCGUUGAUCAACCGCCGCCGCCCGAAGAGGAGCUCGAUAGACAAGAUGUCGGAAAGUUGCUUUAUGGAUGUGAUCAUUAUCGGCGACGCUGUAAACUCCGAGCCCCUUGUUGCAAUGAAAUAUUCACUUGCCGUCACUGCCACAACGAGGCCAAGAAUGCUUUGACCAAUCCCAAGGAACGGCACGAACUUGUGCGCCACAAUGUUAAGCAAGUUGUUUGUGCUGUAUGCGACACUGAACAACAGGUUGCUGAGAUCUGUUCAGAGUGUGGCGUCAAAUUUGGGGAGUACUAUUGUGAAAUUUGUAGAUUUUACGAUGACAAUAGAACAAAGGGGCAGUUUCACUGUGAUGACUGUGGAAUUUGCAGGGUCGGUGGUCGAGAAAACUUCUUCCACUGCAAGAAGUGUGGAUCCUGCUAUUCGGUGGAGCUGCGUGAUAAUCACUUGUGUGUGGAGAACUCAAUGAAGAACCACUGUCCCAUCUGUUAUGAGUUUCUUUUCGACUCAGUGAAAGGCACCACAAUUAUGAAGUGUGGACAUACAAUGCAUAUGGAAUGCCACACAGAGAUGAUCCAUCAGAACCAGUAUCGCUGCCCUAUAUGCUCUAAGUCUGUUCUCAACAUGUCCGGAACUUGGCAAAGAUUAGAUAUGGAGAUUGAAGCUACAGCCAUGCCUGAAGAAUAUCGUUAUGAGGUUCCAAUUCUGUGCAAUGACUGUAAUAGUACUGGUAAAGCAUUUUUUCACAUACUUGGCCACAAAUGCAAGCAUUGUAAUUCAUACAACACCCGCAUGAUUGGUACUGGUGAAGAUCCCCGAUGACAUGGGUCAGCUUGAUUCAAGCCUUUUUUAUUUGUUUCUUCUAGCGAACUGUACAAAGGAAUCUGGGAUAGUCCUUGGAUAAAACCUCUCUCUCAUUUUUCUAUUGCAUAUUGAAAACUAAUUGGCUCCACUGAGCUUA